AUGCAUUUCAGCGCUUCGAGGGUCGCAAGGCGCGCCAGCAGCUGGGUUCUGUUGCUUUGCACCUCCGCCAGCCUGGUCUUCAUGCCUUCGGUGCGGACCUUCGGCGGUCCCAUCAUGGGCCAAUUCAAAUACCUGGGCGGCGUCCGUGCAGGUGAUGGCCUCAUCUAUGGCAUCCCAGGGCAUGCCAAGCAGGUGUUGCGAAUCGAUCCCGUGAGCCGCGAGGUGAACUUGAUCGGCCCAAAGUUGGAUGGCAAGUUCAAGUGGCUGAGAGGCGUUCUGGCGCCCAAUGGCUGUAUUUACGGCAUCCCCGCACACGCAGAGUCCGUGCUCAAGAUCGUGCCCAGCACUGGCGAGGUGCAGCAGUUGGGCCACGUGGGCUCCGGCCGUUGGAAGUGGCACGGCGCGCAGCUGGGCCCCGACGGCGCGGUCUACGGGAUUCCCUGCAACGCCAAGGGCGUCCUGAAGAUCGAUCCGGAGACCGAUCAGGUGGAGGUCCUAGGGAGCUUGCCUGAUGGCUGCAACAAAUGGUAUGGUGGCCUGUUGGGUGGAGAUGGUGCCAUCUACGGCAUCCCCUACAACGCGCCCAAGGUUCUCAAGAUUUGUCCCAGCACCGGAAGCAUCAGCACCUUUGGCCAGCUGCCGGAGGGCUGUUGGAAGUGGCAUGGUGGAACCGUCGGCCCUGAUGGCGCCAUCUACGGCAUCCCCUCGCACGCGCGAGCGGUCCUGCGGAUCGAGCCCGGUCAAGGCCCAAAGAUGGCCUUGUUGGGCGAUCUCACCACGCAGCCUUUCAAGUGGGGCGGCGGUUGUGGCGACGACCGCUUCGUGUAUGGCUUCCCCAGCAAUCAUGAUGCCAUUCUGAAGAUUGACACGAUGACUGAGGAAGUCUCCCUGAUGGAGGGCUUUCGCUUGCCGGGGAAGUCCAAGUGGCAAGGCGGCAUGCGGGCCAAAGAUGGUGCUAUCUAUGCCAUCCCCGACCGUGCGUCGGGCGUGCUGCGGAUUUGCGACGGCCAAGCGCAGCUCGUGGGGGACUCCCUCGUGGGGCACUUCAAGUGGCAGGGAGCCGUGAUGGCCGAGGACGGCACCAUUGUGGGACUGCCAAAUCGAGCGAAGACGGUCCUGGAGAUCAAACCAGGCCUUUGA